UUCAAAAAAAAAAAAAAAAUUAGCAAAUCAUUUCUUUGAUUGGUUUUCUAAACCAUUCUAUAUUCUCUCGAAAUUUUCAUCAUUUGUUUCUCGCGGCGGUUUGAAUAAUUUUUUUUCUCGGAAAAAGAGAAAAUGAAGGAAAGUGUGGGAAAUCCUCUUCACCUCAAAUCUUUGAACCAUAUCUCUCUUGUGUGUAGAUCGGUUGAGGAAUCCAUGAAUUUCUAUCAGAAUGUUCUUGGAUUUGUUCCAAUCAGGAGGCCUGGAUCAUUCGACUUUAACGGGGCUUGGUUGUUUGGACAUGGAAUUGGAAUCCAUCUGCUGCAAUCAGAGAAUCCUGAGAAUAAGCCCAUGAAAAAGAAAAUCAAUCCCAAGGAUAAUCACAUUUCUUUUCAGUGUGAGAGCAUGGGGUCGGUGGAGAAGAAGCUGAAGGAGAUGGAAAUAGAAUACGUGCGGGAAAUGGUGGAAGAAGGCGGGAUCUACGUGGAACAACUCUUCUUCCACGACCCUGAUGGGUUCAUGAUCGAGAUAUGCAACUGCGAUAACCUGCCGGUCAUCCCACUGGCUGGCGAGAUGGUUCGAUCCUGUUCCCGACUCAACCUGCAAGUGCUUCAGCGUCAGCAGAUACACCAAGUGGUUCAGCAGUGAUCACAUUCAUCCGAACAAAGCACACACCCCUUCUGCCUUAUCCGUGUAAUCAUCCUAUCUAUGCAUGUUUUUCCCUUAGUUAUCUUGUAAUAAAACACCGCAAUGCAAUCAUGA